AUGAGCGGGCACAAGGAGGAGGACAGUGGAGGAAGAAGGGCAGAGGACGGAGCAUGGGAGAGAACUUUUCCUUCAUCUGGCAGAAGGGAAAAACACCCACGAAGAAUGCUGAGCCAGAUGCGCGGCGACUCGGCUUGGCGAGUCUAUGUCACGUCCUUCUACUUUUGCAGUUAUACUUUGACAUCCGUCGGGUAUGGUGACCUGGGGCCAAAGAACAUCCUGGAGCGGGCGUUCUGUACAGGAAUGGUGCUCACAGCCGGCAUUUGCUGGGCCUACAUUUUGGGACAAGUGUGUGCCAUUGUCACUGACAUCACGGAGGAUGCAGAGCGCACAGGAUCAGGAGGGUACCUGAUCCUGUGGAGCCACCCGUCUGCACGGCCGAAAGAGGCAGUUGUGGCAACACUUCCAGAUGAACUUUUCGACUGGCUUGACCAAGGAGUUCAGAAAAUCGCACAAUUAGAGAUGCUCAUGAUUGCCCAUGCCCUGAUCAAAAGUGCAGGCCGCAGUGGUGUCAUCGCACAAGCUCUGAAAGCAAAGGUGCAUUCUUUUGAAGGAAACAACGAUCAAAUCAAAGCUAUUUGA